CAGCUUGCGAGCUUCUGACGCCUGGGCCGCGAAUGUCCUUAUCCAGGGCGGCACCUCUGCGCUGACGGUUUGUCUCCCCUUUGACAGGUCUCGACACUCGUUUAAUCUUCGGUCUCUUCUUUCGCCUCGAUUCCUUUUCUUAUCGCCAGAUGCAAGGCGCGCGCACGCUGUAACCAGGCGGCUGUUCACCCCCUCAUAAAUCUCCAGAAACCUUGCCUUACCUACGGCUUCGCCACUGCGCCCUAAUGCUACCACCAGAACUGGGAUCACGAGCGGCCUGUUUCUUAAGUGACUGAUCAUAUCCGCACUCUGUCAAAUGACUGCCCACCGCCGGCUAAUGACACACUUCUUCCCUUCCUUGUCGUCUUCUUCACUUCGAAGGCACCGGGGACUUGAUUUCAGCCAUGGAGUCCUUUAACGAGGCCGAAAAGCGCUUUGUUCUCGCGGAGAUGAUCAAGCUUAGCCAGGUGGACGUCGGCGUCCUCGUCGACUUUGUCAAGUCGCAUGGAAUCGAACCCGACUGGCUCCAUAUGCAGCUCCCCAGUGGUCGCACCAUGGGUCAAUGUCUUCAUGCGGCAGAAACCAUGUUCAACACGCCCAUGGCCCCUCCGCCCAUGAUUUCCUCAUUGAAGCGAAAAUCACUGGGCGACCUCCCCGACUUUGAAUCCUCCAAACGACAGGCCAUGGCCUCUCCUGGCGAGGUAUCCCCGCGCGGCUUUGCACUACCCGCCAAUCUGCAGCCCGGUCUGCCCGCAAACAUACAGCCUCGCCCGAAUGGCUUCGCUCCGGCUCCGUCAGCUCCCAUCCCAUCAGUCUCAGCGUCAACGUACAACCCGACCCCGGUAGCCCGUAAGCGGGGACGCCCUCCCAAGGCGGUUCAGGGGGCCACCUGGCAGGUGUCGACUUACCCCCCCAUUACGCCCGCCCCGAUUGCGCCUUCUCCGGCGACGACUACCGCUCCGCACCCACGCAGUCCGGGUCUGCAACAGCCGCCGGCGGCGCCUCAGGCGGCGUCCCAGGGGCAAGACACGAAGCCAAGAAAGAAAGCGCUGCCCGAGAUUGCGCCUCGACCGACCCUCGGAGCGCCGGGCUCAGAGACAACUGUCCGGUCUCCAGCAGCGGCAGGCGGAGAAAAUCAGUUCUGGCGAGACGAAACGAGCCGUAGGGAGUACUACCAGGCUCAGGGUGCAGACGCUCCAGUCAGCGCGAAGGAUCGUCCGACGUCGACGUAUGCUCCCAUCUUGCCGCGCCCACAUAGCCCACGGAGUCCUCUCCCGCCACCAAGGGAGUUGGUGCGCCCGGCGUCAGCAGGACCACGCCAUGAUUUCAGGGAACCACUCCCAACGGCCGCUCCGGAGCCGUUGAAGAACGAGAGCAGGCCAGCGACAACAGAGCCGAUCAAGACUUAGAUCGGCGCUCAACUGAUACGGGAGGGUUAUCAUGCUAGGAGGUGGGGCAGCAGCCCCUUUUUGUUGCUUCUCUCUUUCCGUACGCACCCAGGGUAUACAGGACAGGGGAAGUCUUUGUUUUCUUCCUUUCCAUGGAUGCUGGAGAUAUACGCGCACUUCAUCCUACCUUGGGACCUUAAUGCUCUUGCCCGCCACCGUAUACAUCGGACAUGGCGGCACGACAGCAACGAAAGCGCGACGACGCGACGGCGGCCACGGCCGACAUACUCCAUGAAU